CAAUACUCUUCAUAUUUUUAACGUUUUCAAUGGUCAGUGAGCAUUAAUAAUAAUAAUAAUAACAUAUCUUUAAUAAGAUUUCGAGGCACAAAGUUAAAUAAUUCAGAAUAUAUAGAAACGGAAUGCCUAUACAACCAAAUAUGAUAGCUCAGAACGCCGUCGAGCCAAUGCAAGUCGAUGCUCCACCUGAGGAUAACGAUAAUAACGAAGAGGAGAACUACACAGUUGAAAAUCCCUCCUUAGAUUUGGAAGUAUAUGCUAAUAGCUAUAUCGGUUUAGCCAAAUUAUACCGCCUUAUUUAUAUAGCGGAUCAUUGUCCUUCCCUUAGAUUAGAAGCACUUAAAAUGGCCAUAUCAUACGUUAUGACGACAUACAAUGUUAACUUAUAUCAGGUACUUCAUCAAAAGUUAGGAGAAGCUACGACGGCUAUGAGCGUCCCCGAUGUAGCAGCCCCAUCGACUUCUCAAGAUAUUCCUACUAUGGAUAGCAUGUGGAUGGAAACCAGAUCAAAAAAAGCUGCUCUAAAAUUAGAAAAGUUGGAUAAUGACUUGAAAAAUUACAAAUCAAAUUCUAUAAAGGAGAGUAUUAGAAGGGGCCACGACGAUUUGGGGGAUCAUUAUCUGGAUUGCGGAGAUCUGUCAAAUGCUUUAAAAUGUUAUUCCAGAGCUAGGGAUUAUUGCACGAGCGGAAAACACAUAGUCAAUAUGUGUUUAAACGUUAUUAAAGUGUCUGUACAUCUUGAAAAUUGGUCUCACGUUUUGAGUUACGUGUCUAAAGCUGAAGGGACGCCAGAUUUUUCCGAUACUCAAACUAAAGAUGCAAAUCAGAUAAUUCUGACGAAACUAAAAUGUGCUGCCGGAUUAGCUGAAUUGGCUACGAAAAAGUUCAAGUCAGCCGCAAAACAUUUCCUACAAGCAAAUUUAGAUCACUGUGAUUUCCCAGAAUUGCUGUCUCCAAACAACGUUGCUAUGUACGGCGGACUCUGCGCACUUGCCACUUUCGAUAGACAUGAAUUACAAAAAAAUGUCAUAUUCAGUAGUUCCUUCAAACUGUUUUUAGAAUUAGAACCUCAGUUACGGGAUAUAAUUUUUAAAUUUUAUGAGUCAAAGUAUGCGUCAUGUUUGAAAUUAUUGGACGAAAUCAAGGACAACAUUUUAUUGGACAUGUAUCUUGCCCCUCACGUAAAUACAUUGUAUACCCAAAUUAGAAAUAGGGCCUUGAUCCAAUAUUUUAGUCCUUACUUAUCAGCAGAUAUGCAUAAAAUGGCUUUGGCUUUCAACAGGACUGUUUCUGCUUUAGAAGACGAAUUAAUGCAGUUAAUACUAGAUGGUCAGAUUCAGGCUCGCAUAGACUCUCAUAACAAAAUUUUAUUCGCUAAAGAUGUUGAUCAGAGGAGUACCACAUUUGAAAAAAGUUUGUUAAUGGGAAAGGAGUACCAAAGGAGAACUAGGAUGCUAAUUUUAAGAGCUGCAGUUUUAAAAAAUAAAAUACAUGUUAAGAGCCCACAAAGGGAAUCGAGUCAAGCAGUAGAGAUUACAGUAACACCAGGUACAAGUAAUGUUUUAACGGCAAGGAAUUAAAACAAUCAUGUAACAUUUUGCAUCGUAUAAUAAAGUUUUGUUAUUUAUUG